UGAAGUUCGGUCAAGUACGUCGAGCUCGACGCAAAUAAUGAGUGAAGAAAAAGUGCUCGACGCUGAAAAUUGGCGAAACGAGGCCCGUUCCGUAAUAAACGACGUUAGUAAUCACGUAAAAACGAUCGAAAUUUCCGCAUCGUCGGCGAACGACGACGGCCACAUCUACCUCAACGUGACGACGCUCGAAAACGCAAAUUACUGCGUCGAACUGUCGGCGGCCGGCUUCCGAAUCGUCGGCGUCUCGCACGACGCGAACGAUCUCGACGACGGCGAACGCUACGAGACGCCCUACGCCCUUCUCGGUAAGAUCAGCGCGAGUUUUCGGCGGUCCUUCGCCGACGAAUUGAUGAGCAAACUGAAGAGGGCAGCGGAGUGAAGUUUGCGCCGGUUUGACCUUGUCG